UGCAAUGCACAUCUGUCAUGGCUGCUCACUGAUACCGCUUGCACCACAUGGGUGGAAAUAAACAUUUUAUCUUUGACUGAGAAACACCUACUUGGCACAUUAGUAAAGCGAUUAUUCGCCAUCUUUAAUCUGGGACCAUCCUGACUGAAGGCAGCAGCUCUUACUUUAGCAGGAACCAGAGGUGUUCAGUAAUGCCAUUGGACGUAGAGUUCCCAGUUCUCCGAGGCUUUUUAACACCCAGCGAGGCAACGGCAUGGAAGCAGAGUAUUUUUAGCCUUGCAGAGGCAGGCUCUCUACUGGAGUCCUUGAUUGAGGGGGACUUUGAGGCAGUUCUGCUGAGCACCCAGGUGUUAGAUUUGCUCACUGGAGAUGGCAGCUGCAGCAAGGGAGAGGACAUUGAGGCAUACCUGGAGAGGCGGGUCCUUCUGUACCUGACUGGUUGCACCAAUGAUGACCAGACCAACAGGGAGCUGGUAGUGAUGGCCCUGGCUGUCUCUUGCCUCCAUAUGUUUGUCCAAAGUAACUGGACUGGUCCUCCAGUGUCCAUCCACAUCUCUGACUUGCUGCCCCCGGCCUUGCUCUCCUUUCAGCCCCAAACCUUGGUUGAGGCUGUCCACUCUAGCCUGCUCCUGGAUGGGGAGUCAGUGUACAACCUGGUGGCCAACCCUUUUCUCCUGCUGCUGGCCAGCGUUAUUCUCACCAAGUGCUCAUCCAAGAUGGAGAGCCUCCAGCUGCUGCCCUGGUGGACCCUGCGCUACAUCAACCUGCAUCAGCAAAUCCUGGAGGCUCGUUCUUCACAGCUCCUCAACUUGGCCCACAGCAGCAUGGACAAAGUGCUGAAAUGCCAGUCUCUGUAUUCGGAACAGAGAAACCUUGCUAUCCAGUUCCACCUAGAAUGUGUCUACACCAGUCUGACCUACUUUGAGUACCAGCCGGCCAAGGAACACAUCAAGAGGGCACAGGAGCUCUCAGGGGUGAAUAUCAACAUGACUGGUGCCAUUGGCAAACGGACCCGCUUCCAGCAGAAGAACUUAGCUCAGCUCAUCCUUGAGGUCAAUAGAAAUAACGACCAGCCUAGUCAGAUGAACGAUGAGGCCAGUCCCACGCCCACACCUCAGGACUGCUUACCUAAGGACUACAGUCUGGGUGAUGACACCGUGCUGGAUAAGAUCAGUUUAGCAGAGCCAGAUCAAUAUGAGCUGCCUGACCUUAGGGCAGAGGAGCAGGCCCUCAUCCUGUGCAUCUGCACUGACUUCCAGAAGAAUAACCCUGUCCACAAACUGACUGAAGAAGAAAUUCUAGCCUUCACAUCUUGUAUACUGUCUCAGCCGAAGUUCUGGUCUGUUGAAGUCACAGCACUUUGCCUCAGGACAAAAAUGGAAAAAGGAAGCUCCCGGUGUGUUGAGAGAGCUAUGAUGCAAACCCAGGCUAUAGUAGACUUCUUUGAAGACAAGAACUGUCCCGUGACUGAGCGGCUCAAAGUCUUCUACUGCUGCCAAGCCCCACCCAGAUGGGCUGUCCAGAAACAGCUGGCCAGCCUGCUGACAGACCUCGGCUGCAUCAGUUCAGCUCUCCUCAUUUAUGAAAAGCUGGAGCUCUGGGAGGAAGCAGUUAUCUGCUAUGAGAGGCUGGGCCAACACGGCAAGGCCGAGGAGAUUGUUCACAGAGAGUUGGAGAAGAAGGAGACGCCCAGUCUGUAUUGCCUACUGGGAGACAUCUUGAGGGACCAUCAGUACUAUGACCGGGCUUGGGAGCUAUCAGGCAGACACAGUGCCAGAGCCAUGCGUUCCAAAGCCCUGCUGUACCUCCGCAACAAGGAGUUCCAGCAGUGUAUUGAUUGCUUUGAGCAGUCGCUCAAGAUCAACACCCUGCAGCUUGGUGUGUGGUUUUCCCUGGGUUGUGCCUACUUUGCUCUGGGAGGCUAUGAAGGAGCUGCCAAGGCUUUCCAGAGGUGCGUUGGACUAGAGCCAGAUAAUGCAGAAGCGUGGAACAAUCUCUCUACAGCUUACAUUCGUCUCCAAAAGAAAAACAAAGCCUUCCGUACACUGCAGGAAGCCCUGAAGUGUAAUUAUGAACACUGGCAGAUCUGGGAGAACUUCAUCGCUGUGAGCACUGAUAUUGGGGACUUUGCUGAAGCCAUCAAGGCUUACCACCGUCUGAUGGACCUCAGGGAAAACUACAAGGACAUCCAGAUUCUACAGAUUCUGGUAAGAGCAGUUGUUGAAAACCUGAUGGACAGCCAGGGGGAACAGACAGUAACCCUCCAGUCCAAACUGAAGGAACUCCUGGGUCGGGUCAGUUCCCGCCACAGCAGUGAGUCUGAGAUAUGGCGACAGUACGCUCUGCUAUACGGUAACGGCUACAGCUCCAACCCAGAGGACAACGAAAAGGCACUACAGUUCUUGUCCAAAGCUCAUCGCUGUGAAGUUCAGGUUGGUGGCUGGGAGAAAGAACCUGGUCACUUUAAGGAGGUGAUGAAAAGAGCCAUUGAUAUUGGAAAAGUGACUAUCAGUUGCAUUCAAAAGAAGAGUAAUCCAACAGAAGCUCUUCAGAUGCUGUCCUCCACCCGCCUUAGCCUCCAGAGUUUGGCCACCAAAGCGAAGCAAAUGCACACUGAUGUGGCCACAGGUCGGAUCCACAAUGAGCUGCAAGAAGGUGUUGCUGCUCUGGAGCAACUCAUUGCAGAGAUGCAGGAGCUCAGUGAGAACCUGCGUGACCAAUCACAGUGACCAUCUUCAAGGCAAGCCCCCUGUCUCUUAGGGAAUCAAAGUUGUGGUUCUGAAGCCCUCUAAUAGUAAAGACUAAUGAGAGAGAGAGACAGAGAAUCUACAACUCCAGUCAUCAGCCUUGUGAAUUGUUAACUUCUUUAAAUCAAGAGUAAAACUAGAAUGCAAAGACAAAGCACUCACUUAGUAAUCAUGAUGUUUUUUUACCUCUUAUGUUCAUAUUGGAAUGUAAACAGUGACUGUAAGGCAUCAAACAGUAAAUUUUUUAAAUCUUUAA